AAACAAGAGGAUACAAGAGGCGGGCAGCUACCAACUUCCGCUAGCAGAAAGAAACCAGCGCCAACACGGGAGUGCACCACAGAACUUGACGCUCAGUCGGUAAACGGAAAAUGUCUUACUUUGCGGACAGCAGCGAGCAUGAAGACAGGAGCCACAGCCGGUUCCGGCGACCCCACUGCAGAAAGAGAGGAGUCGACAUCAGCCCGAGUGCCAGGAGAGAGACAGAAGGGAAAACGCGCCGGCACACCGACAGCAGGCAUGCCAGUUUCACCACUCCAGAGAGCGAAGCCCGGGUAUCCGGCAGAGCGACAGACUGGGGCACCCGGGUGGAGAAUGAGGAGGAGAUGAAGAGAGACGUACAAAGAGACAUGCAGCGCUACAGGAGGAGGAUACUGACUGCACAGGCCACCCAGAGAGAGAGAACGGCUUCCUCUGGCUCCUCUGCGAGUAGUGACUCCAGAGAGGGAGACGACAUGAUGGAGACAAAUGAGGAAGUGCUGCUGCGGCGCCAGAAACAGAUCAACUAUGGCAAGAACACACUGGCCUAUGACCGAUACACCAAAGAGGUCCCCAAACAUCUGCGCCAGCCGGGCGUCCACCCCAACACCCCAAAUAAGUUCAGGAAGUACAGUCGCCGCUCUUGGGACCAGCAGAUUAAACUCUGGAAGAUCAAACUGCAUGCCUGGGACCCCCCCGCACCGGAGGGUCAAGAAAAAGACACAAAGGAUACUGAUGAUCUGGACUUUGAUGAUGUGAUUGAUAUCGAGCUCGACUUCCCAGACUCCCAGAAUUGCUCAGGCUCCACCGACACACACCAGCCGUCACUGGAGGAUGAGGACUGUGGGGGGACUCCCAUUAAACUGAUGAAGACUGAGAGCACAGUGGAGCAGGAGAUGGCAUAGCACUACCAGGGGCCAACAUAGGCAGAAAAUGCCCCCUCCUCAGUCCCCCAACACAUUUGGUCCUCAUGGUCUGCCGAACAAUGGAUUUGUUCCCAUUGUUAUACCAUCUCAGAGCAGUGCUGCCCAUCUGCUGUGUGCCAUGAUGAGGAUUAGGGCUUUAUAUGGCUUAAUACUCAGUAGCCAUUUCUAUUUUACAGUAGUGUUUCCUAAUUCACAGCCCGUCCUGCUUAUGGAGGUUUCUCAAAUGCAAAAUCAAGUUCUAAUGAGCUUGGGUCAAACCAAACUUAAUUAGAUUUGGGUUUCAGUGUUAAGAAAAGUUAAAGGAAUUUCAUUUGUGGUGCAGCAAAGUAAACAGCCCUUGCAGUGGCUUGUUUCCAGUAAUUGAAAAUUAUGCCAGUGUGUUCUGUUCAGGUGUUAUGGGUUUGGAGGAAAAUUGAUAGCAUUUAUGGCUUUAUCUGAAAGCAUACUGCCCACAUGACUUGCUACUCUUAUCUACUAGUUUUUUUUGUGUGUGUGUUCUAACUGCUGUUUUGUGAAAAAGGUUUUAAGUUCUUUGGUGGUUUAGGUAGUUUUAUCUCAGUUUUAAGAUUUCAUAAAGCUUUUAUCUUCAGAAAUGCAGCGCCAAUUCGAACAAGAUCAUCCUUGAUUUGCUGAUGGUGAUAUUAAGUCCUUAUCCUAAAGCAACAGUGUACAUGGUGUAUUGUUCACAGGCAAGUCAAAGGUUUUACAUCGGUUGCUUGUUUUAGUUUGGAAGUGCUAUUUUUUUUUUUUUUCAUCACAUUUUUUAAAUACAAAUGUUGCUUACUGAAUCUUCUUCAUAUAAAGCUUUUGCUUUAUGAUGAAUAUUUUCAAAUUAAAAAAAUACAAUGGGAAAGAA